CUUAACUACCAUCUAUGGUGGUGGAUAUGAGAACUGGAGGGGAGAGCGUGGAAAUGCAACAGAAACAGCCUCGACGGUGCCAAAACGUGCGGAAAUUCGAUUUCGACGCGUAGCAGGAUUGCAACUGGAACAUUCUUAUUUUACUUACGCUUCUGAGUCGCGCUGCGGUAGAUCUCACGCGUCGAUCUUCCUGCGCCGCACCCCUCGCCCCAACCGAUUGCCUUGCGCCGCGAUAUUCACGACCGAUUCGGGCCCGGCGUGUUAAACCGUGUCGAGGCUUUGCUAUAAAGCUGUGUCACUCCGAAAAUUCGCAUCUGUCCAUGGGGAACAAAUGGGGAGGCUUACAACUGCAGGACUGACUAGUGCUCCGGCGUCGGAUCGCAGAAGCACCACGUUGUGAACCACGGUUCUGUUGGGCGGACUUGCAGACGCUCGAUCUCAACAUCUACAGUGGAUGAUUCUGGUGGUGGCACUGGCACUGCAUUCCGUGUGAGGUAGCAACAAGCGCCAGGCGCGGAACGUCUGAGGACGGGGACGCACUCUCGAUUUCAGCGACUGCGAUCAACGAAACGAACGAAAUGGCGGAGUCCGAGUUAUCUACCCCAAAAGAAUACGAUACAGAUGACAGCUCGCUAGGGGAACAAUUACAGAGGUCGGCUGAGGAAGGCGUUAGUGAUGCUGAAGGCGGAACCAUCUCCGUGGCCCACACCGAGAUAAACGAAGAUGUACCGAUGAAGGAUGUUGAUGCGGCACAAAUAAAACAAGAAAUACGUUCGGGAAAUCGUACGGAAAAGGAACAGGAGGGCGAAGCUGGUAAUCUCGGAGACUCCCAAGAUGCAGAAGCUGACGCCGAUGCCGAUGCCGAUGCCGACGCCGACGCCGACGCGGACGAAGAGGAACCUGAGGCUGAUGCACAUUCCCCCGGAGUCGCAUCGGGUGAUGCAAAUGGAAACGACGACGAGGGGGCGAAAGAAGCAUGUGUGUUUUGCAACAUGGUAGAAAGUCCCGCUGACGGCAAGGCUGAGCCUGAUUUAACUUGUUCCGGAUGUGACAACCAAGCGCAUUCAGGCUGCGCGGAAGAACAAGGCGCGGUCCAAGAGAAAGACGAAGCAAAUUUCCAAUGCUCGGGAUGUCAGGAAAGGGGGCCACCGUCAGCGUCUCCCAAGGAGCAAGCGGCACGCUCAAAGAACUCCGCCCCUCGACUCGUUAGAGACCUGUUGCCUGUGACGCGGGGCGUACAAAAGCCCAACUCCCACUCAAUUUUUGCGCAACCGCUUAUUUCGGAAACGGAGGAUGGAGGUCGUGCGUUAAGGAAGAGAAAAUCGCUAACAGCAGAACCACCAAUAAUCGAGAAGAGACGCCGACGGGCCACACCUCGGGGAUCAGGAGACGUAUCAUCCACCGUGGAAGUUGAUAGCAAGGCAGAAGUCGGCCGGGUGGUCGCACCCUUGACCAGAAGAUCCAGUCAGAAAACAACGCGACCUAUAGCGCGGAUAUUGCAGCAUCGACCGUUCGAGAAGGCACCGCCUCACAAAUUCAUCCUCGCUUUUCGGCUGGACCAGUCGAAAAUUGCAGAAAUACUCAGUAAACCUCCCCGACCGGGACGACGAAAAGAGCGGAAGGACAGGAGAAGGCCUCCGAAGAUCCCUCCCCCAGUAUUUCAAACGGAUGUUCCCAAGUUCCCAGCUCUGCCAACACAGCAUCUCUUUUUCCCGGCGGCAUUUACAGACAGGGAGGCGGAACUGAACUCCAAGCCGUACGGUGGUAUUCUUUCGGAAGCCGAAGCAGACACAAGCCGAUCGUUACCGCAGCUCAAGGAUAGAGAAAUUUUCGAAAUUGCCAGAAAAGAGGCAGAAGAAGAACGACGAAGGACUUCAGCCGCGGCCGAAGCUGAGAUCAACGGAGACGCAGCAGCAGCAGCGAAGCCCAGCCGCACUGUGUCCGGGCCACCCACCAAGAUCAAAUGUAUUCAGUUUGGAAAGUAUGUCAUUGACACUUUCUAUGCUGCCCCAUAUCCGGAAGAAUACUCGCACGAAGCAAGGUUGUUCAUCUGUGAAUUCUGCUUGAAGUACCUCCCUUCUGAGUUCGUGGCGUAUCGGCACAAACUAAAGUGCCCAGCCAAGCAUCCACCUGGCGAUGAGAUUUAUCGAGAUGGCACUAUUUCAGUCUGGGAAGUCGACGGUCGUAAGAAGACCGAAUAUUGCCAAUGUUUAUGUCUCAUGGCAAAGAUGUUUCUUGGCUCAAAAACCCUCUACUACGACGUCGAGCCGUUUCUCUUCUACAUACUGACUGAGUACGACGAGUUCGGGUACCAUUUUGUGGGUUAUUUCAGCAAGGAAAAGAGACCGGCAAGCCAGAAUAAUGUCAGCUGUAUUCUGGUCAUGCCCAUCCACCAGAGAAAAGGCUAUGCGACAUUCUUGAUUGACUUUUCUUAUUUGUUGACGAGAAUAGAAGGCAAGGAGGGAUCUCCCGAAAAGCCGCUCUCAGACAUGGGAUUGACAGCGUAUCGAUCGUAUUGGGACCUGACGAUAUCAAAGCAUCUGUUGGAUAUUGGCUUGAAGCCAUUCAGCACAAAGACUCUUAUGGCUCGGACGGGGAUGACUGCGGACGAUGUGAUCCAUUCCCUGGAACGACUCUACGCAUUUACACGGGAUCCGGUGACCAAGACAUACGCCGUCAGGUACGAUCGGAAACUUUAUGAGCGGAUCGUACAGGAAUAUGAAUCGAAGAAGCAUAGGGUCCUGAAACCCGAGAAUCUGAUCUGGACACCCUAUGUCAUGGGCCGAAGCGACCAAGCCGCACUGGACGGUCAACCACUGCAAGCUAUGGCACCACGUGAUGAAGACGACGAAGGCGAGGACGUCGGUGAUAAAGACGCUGGGCGGCGACAAGAAGGCGAAGACGCCGACGAGGUCAAUGGUCGAGCCGAAUUGUCCAAAGCAGACGGCACUGUGAACAGCGUGGUUGACGGCGAAGAAGCCGGCCAGCGAUCGAAGUCGAGGCAAGGGUCCAAGCCUCAAGACCAAGAAGAUGUCGAUACUAAAGACGAGUCUCCCGUGAACGACCAUGGCCAAGUCGCUCCUGGGCCUCCUCCCACCGACGCCCUCAAUGGCACAGUCACAAACCACAUUGCCCAUCCGGAGGUUCCAAACAACGGCGAGGUGCACGUCAAUGGUGAUCCUCUUACCAAAGAAGGGUCAGACCAUUCGCAAACCGCGGGACAGUACCAGAAAGUUGGCCAAGCAGCUGACGGUGCCGCUGCCGUCGCCUCAGCCCCUGAAGAGCAGCCUCCUCUCAGCGGUUACGCGCUCGCGUAUCGCACCCACGCCAUCCCACCUACACGGUUCCAGAUCGAGCCUCCCAUCCCGGCAUCCAUGCUGCGGCGGCAGAACACGAAGAAACGCAAUCGAUCGACCGCAUUUGGUGGCGCGUCUCACUUGUCCAACGGGGCCACGGGUACACCGUCUACGCCGCAAGUUGCUGUGCGCAGUUCACCGCGUAACGCUGCUGCUGCUGCUGCUGCUGCUGCGGGCGCAACAUCAGCCAAUGGUGGCCUUGGCUCACUCACGUCGCCGGAAAAGGGCCACCUCAACAACUUGAAUAAUACCCCCGUAAGGCGCAGUGUACGAGGAAGGGCUCUUGAGACCAGAAGAAGUACUCUCGCCACAGUGGAGACGGCUGGAUCUAGCGUUGACGGAGCAGAUGACGCCGAUGAGGACGAUGAUGGUCCAGUUGCUCCUUCUCGGCGAAUCACCCGAAACAAGACCGAGACAGGCACGGACGGGCAGCAGGAUGAUGACCAAGAGGAAGAAGACCAGGUGGCAAGCUCUUCUUCUUCGAGCGAACAGGACGAUGCAGAUGCAGAUGCGGAUGCGGAUGCGGAUGCGGAUGCCGAUGAAGACGAAGAUGCUGAAGCAGACGACGAUGAUGGCGCAGAUGUCCAAGAGGAGAGCGAGAGUGAAAGUGACGAGGAUGCACAGGAGGGAGAGGAAGAUGAAGACGAGGAUGAAGAUGAACUUGACUUCGAAGACAUCGACGACGACGACAAGGACGCCGAUCCUGAUGUCGAAGUCGAUCUCGAUGACGAAGAUGAAGAUGACGACGAGGAUGAAGACGCUGAAGAUGGAUGACGAGGGCCGUAGUCUUGGUCAUGACAAGGCCAGGCAAGGCUGCCUGUCUACCUACUUGAGCGGCCGUCCAUUUGUCUUCUUGGCUGGCCAGUCGUUUUGUCAGUCUUCUUCCUCCUUCGCCAGUUUUGCAUCUUUAUUCUUCUCCUCAAUAGGGUAUUCUUCUUGAAGGGGGGAACAGGGUGAGAAAGAAGCAAGGCCAUCCUCCUCUGUCUCCCUACCUUAGGCACCUGCGUGUUAUGUACUGAAUCUAAGAUGAUCGCCCCCCCUCUGUUUCCAGUCCAGUCAAUAUGAUGCACAUGGACAUGCAAUGAAAACCUGAAUCAACCAAAAUAACACUGCCCAGAUCACAAGGAGACAGCGGUCUGAUGCUUAUUAGCACUUGUCCUUGCACCUGCUCGACAUGUCUGCUGUGUCGAGUCUGCUGACGACAUCCAUGGU